AUGGCUGCCAGGCUUUUUCGCUCUGAAGCAAUUCGGCAUGCUGAGAAAUUAGAUAUUUCUACUUGUGCCCAAGUGAAGAAAGAUAUCCUGUACCAAAAGGCCCACACUGCAUUUGCCGACCAACAAGGAACACGUGCCUAUUAUCCUCUUAUCCAGCCAUAUCUAGGGGGAGCUCCUGUUGAAGAGCUGAAAAAGCUGGCUAGAUCUCAUGUUGCUAUGGAUAUUGAUACAUUUAUUAAUUUAAAUCCGGAAGAAGUAAAGAAAUUCGAUGUCCAGGAUGUGAAAGAUCUGCUUGGUGUUAAUUUGCCUGACCUGAAAGAAGUUGAAAACCAUCCGUCUGUUGCCAUGUGGAUCAAGAACAAGUUUCAGUCUGAACUGGAUUCCCUUGGAAUUGGCCUGGUUGGAGGCAGGGCAUCUCUGUUCUCUACUUCUAUGGGCAGCACUGUGUCAAGUAUAUCUCUUAGUACAAAAUCUGACAAUGUGUUAACUGCCACCUCCCCUGUUAUCCUGAGCAUGGAAUCAACCUUAUCUAGUCCCGGCCACAUAAAUAUUACUACCCCUAGCAUUAGUUCUGCAACCUCAGAUUUGAACCCAUUCGUUUCUAGAGAUGCCACUGAGUCCUAUUCAACUCCUGUCUUCAAAAUCACUCUCCUAACUAAUGAAAUCUCUCCUUCCAUUAACAAUACCCAAACAACUCUUUCUGAUAGAAUGCCUAAAUAUGCUUUCCCCACAAAUAUAUCUGAUUCAGAUAAUACUAUGGCUGGGACAAGAGUUCCUACAGAUGCAAGAAAUACUCCUGUCCCCACUGAAAUUACAAUAGAUUCCAACAGUGACACAACCAAUCAAACAGACUUUCCUAUAAGUGGAAUCCCAGCCUCUUUCAUUGCAAGAGGGAUCAACAUGACGACUUCUAAUGAACAUAUCAUAAAUUCUAGCAAUGCCAAAGCUAAUAGCUCAGCCGCAUCUUCCAUCCCCACAAAGUCCUCUGUUUCAGUCCCAACUGAAAUGGUAAUUCCCUUUUGGAACAUCACUACUACUUUAAAUGAAACUGGUGGCACACCAGUCCCUACCAUCUCUACCAUUGUCACUGAUUUCAAUAGCAAUCCAGCCAGUAGAAGAAUCCUUCCUUCUGCAUCAACAGACUCUGCCACUGUUCUCCCCACCACUUCCUUAAAUGCCACAGCUGUUUCAGAUGGAACAUUAUUCCAUAGCACUGCAAGAUAUUUCAACACAACCAUCUUCAGUAAACUUUUAACAGAUUCUAACAAUAGCACAGUCAGUGCUCCAGUUGUUACUACCACUCCCUUAGAUCCCACCACUGUUGUUACCUCCAAAACCAGAGCUAUUUCUUAUAAUGUUUCAGUAACUUCAAAUGAUACCAUCAAAGACACUCUUUUCCAUUAUAAUGCAACAAGUAGCAAUGUGAUCCCUUCUGCUGAAACAACAGGAGCUUCUGAUAGCAACACCACAAACAAUGGCACAGCAUUUCCUAGCCCUGUUACAGAUGGACAUGUAACUGCUGGUCUCAAUGUAACUAUUUUUCACUCACCCACUGUUGUCACAAACUUCACUGUUGGUGCGGAUACAACCACAGCCAGAACUUACUUCACCUCUGUCAUGUCCAGUAUGACAAGAACAUCUUCUGAACAGCUUUCAACAUCACCUAAGCACACUCUGGCUACAAACCCAGCAUUGUUCAGCAAAAAAACCAUAACAAUUACAGACAAACAGCCAACUGCAUCAAGCAAAAUGACUUUCCAUUCUCAAGAAACCUCUACCAAGACAGCUAUUCCUCCACUAUCCUCCCCAAAUAGAACGACCUCACAGGCGGCUGCAACCAUCCAGAGAAGCAGCAGAGCAGCUCCACCAACAAAACCACCAUCUCACCCAACUCCAAACGGCUACAUUCAUGUGAAACCACUAAGUGCAUCAGCUUUAAACACAUCACUCAGCUGGAUACUUCUAGCAUUGUCUCUCACCGUUGGAACCUCAAUUCAGAAGUUUCUCUAAAAAUAUGGUUAUCUCCUCCCCAUCCUAAUAAUUAUUGUUGAUGGUACUGGUAAUCCUUUCAAAAUUCUACUGCAAAAGCCAUACUGACUCUUGGAAAGAUAUCAGUGCUAAGUAGACUCUGUCUAAGUGGACAGGUGUCAAAAUGUAUGUAGAAAAUCAUUGCACCAUUUGUUGCUUGAAGAUGAAACUGCAUUUAUUGUCCCUUUCCUGUGCCCUAAUUGGUCAUAUUAAUUUAACACAACGUGAUCAUAUUUCCAGUGCAUGGAGAUGCUACCUUUCCACUGGAGUUUCUCAGUUCUGAGUGGAAGCAACUUGAAACGUAUUUUUUCAGCAUCUGUCUUGGCACCUGGAGUUAAACAGCAGUAGCAGCAAAACCAUUUGAUUCCCAGAAAAAGGAAGAAAAGUAUUUCAUCGAUUCAGACUGAUUUUCUUGAUGCCCCAACUGACUGUCUCCUGCAUUGGAGGCUGGCUUCAAUAAUUACAGGUGGUCCCUGACUUACGGCCACAAUUGAGCCCAAAAUG